GUUGGAUAAGGCCGACAAGGACCCUUUCUGUCUCUGAGUAGCACCACUUGCACCUGUGGACAGAAUGGAGAGCGACGCUGAAUCCAGAAAGCUGAACGGCCAGCCUGAGGGUCUUGCAGCCCUUUCAAAACCCAAAGAGAGCAUGCAGCUCAAAAAGGAAAUCUCUCUCCUGAACGGCAUCAGCCUCAUCGUGGGAAACAUGAUUGGCUCGGGCAUAUUUGUAUCGCCAAAGGGCGUUCUGAUCUAUAGCGCCUCCUAUGGACUGUCUCUAGUUAUCUGGGCCAUCGGUGGCAUCUUUUCAGUAGUGGGUGCUCUCUGUUACGCUGAACUCGGCACGACAAUCACUAAGUCUGGCGCCAGCUAUGCCUACAUCCUGGAGUCGUUUGGAGGCUUCAUAGCAUUUAUACGUCUAUGGACAUCACUGCUUAUCAUCGAACCGACAAGCCAGGCUGUAAUUGCCAUAACUUUUGCCAACUACUUGGUUCAGCCACUCUUCCCCACCUGCGAGCCUCCAUAUUCUGCUUCUCGGCUCAUUGCUGCAGCUUGUAUUUGCCUGCUGACCUUUAUUAAUUCCGCUUAUGUCAAGUGGGGUACCAGGGUGCAGGAUGUCUCCACUUAUGCCAAAGUGCUGGCCCUCAUCGUCAUAAUUAUCACGGGGAUAGUGAAACUAUGCCAAGGUUUUACAAUGAACUUUGAGGAUCCGUUCAAAGGCUCGUCUAGCGACCCAGGAAAUAUCGCUUUGGCAUUGUACUCGGCUCUUUUCUCGUACUCAGGCUGGGACACGCUUAACUUUGUCACAGAAGAGAUUAAGAACCCUGAAAGGAACCUUCCUCUCUCCAUUGCAAUCUCCAUGCCAUUUGUUACAAUCAUCUACAUCCUCACAAACGUGGCCUAUUAUGCUGUGCUGGACAUGAGUGCCAUCCUCGCCAGUGAUGCUGUCGCUGUGACGUUUGCAGACCACACUCUGGGAGUGAUGAGUUGGACCAUCCCUAUUGCAGUUGCUUUAUCCUGUUACGGAGGUCUUAAUUCUUCCAUCAUUGCUGCAUCCAGGUUGUUCUUCGUGGGAGCUCGAGAAGGUCAUCUUCCAGAUGCUUUGUCUAUGAUUCACGUGGAGAGAUUCACGCCAGUUCCUGCUCUGCUAUUUAAUUGUGCCAUGGCUCUGAUCUAUCUUACAGUGGAGGAUGUUUUCCAGCUGAUUAACUAUUACAGCUUCAGUUACUGGUUUUUCGUUGGCCUGUCUAUUGCCGGGCAGAUCUACCUUCGCUGGAAAGAGCCAGACAGGCCCCGACCAGUGAAGUUGAGUCUGCUGUAUCCCAUCAUCUUCUGCAUGUGUGUUGUGUUCUUGGUGGCUGUGCCACUUUAUUCUGACACACUCAACUCACUCAUCGGAAUUGCUAUUGCCCUCUCCGGAGUGCCUGUUUACUUCUUGGGUAUCUAUCUUCCAGAGUCCAAGCGCCCACCCAUAAUAACUAAACUGUUAUGUGCCAUCACCCGUUUCACCCAGUUCACCUGUUUUUGUGUGCUCACUGAGUUAGACACUGUUGAUUAGAACACUCGCACCCCUUUGACACAAACCCACAGGUAUGGGGAGAGGAAACCAAUAUCUGGAGAAACAGGAAAAAGAUCUUCAACACUUUUAAAGACACAGAUGCACUCUUAAUGUCUCUGCGUUGGAUUCUUCUUUUUCUUAAUUAUAAAAGGGUUCUGCUAAGGCCACAGUGCACUGCAGUAUUAGAAAUGACCUUGAGAACUUAUGAUGCAAACACCAUCUGUAUGAAAGAAAGGAGAAAUGGGGAUAUAAACAGGAUGCGGUGAUUUGUAUGUGCCAUUAUAAAGAACAUGGUCAAGAAUUCGAUUUUGUAUUUAUCUAAAAUUUUUCCCGUUUUUAAUCUAACAUACUUUUAUUUUAGAGUCUGGUUUUUAAAAUGUCUAUCAAUUUAUUUGUCCACUUUUUAAAAGUGAAAGAGAUUUUAUUUAGAUUUUCCUUAUUGAGAUUAUAUCUUCGCACGAGUGUGUCAGUCCUCUUACAGUAUUUGGAGAGGUCAGUCCUGUGUCAUUGCCCACAUGCCUUAGCUGGUUUUAGAGGGAAGGUGAUUUGUAUGCAUUUGAAAAUUCAAAUCUGCUGCUAUGCUCCUUUACAUAUAGUGAAGCAUCACAUGUUCACUUGAGGAAGAGAUUAGGAAGGAAUAAAGAUGAGGAGUACGUCAGAUGUGCUGGAAACAUUUGUCAACUCAAUCCAAAGCAUGUUUUUAAGUGUCUCUGUUCUUGGUUUGGACCUCUGUUUUUUUGAGAUUUCAUUUUUAAACUGAAAAAAAUACAAAAAACAAACAAACAAUAAAAGAUUGUGUAAAUGAAUUCAUAUUACAAAAUUAAGUGUCCAGAAAAUUGCUCAUGCAUCAUUCAGUUUUUUAUAAAAUCAUCCUUAAAAAUCCAUUGGCCAAACAAGCAAUACAUUGUUACUGGUAAAAAUCCCAGUGAUCUCAGGAUAGAUGUCCAGAUGUGAUUUAAAACAGCUCACUCUGAUAAAUGUUUACCUUGAAGCAUGAAACAUACUGAACAUAUUGUUAUUUGCCUUUAUGUACAAGUGUUUCUAUUAAUUUAUUUGAAAGAUUACCAAUAAAACCUUUUUUUCUACCAGA